AUGAUUUUUCUCCUAUUUGUCAUCGAGGAAUUGCAACUCGUGGGUGUGCUACUGCCCACCGUCGUGGGUCUUAGUUGGUUUUGGAUUGGAGUCACUUAUGUUCUCAGCUUCAUGAUUUCAACGUCAGGAUUCGCCCUUCAAAAGCUUGUGUCGGACGCCACAUUCAUGGUCGUUAACAAUUUGACAAAGUUUGUAAAUAUUAUUAUCGGACUUUUCAUUCUACAUGAUCACAUGGGGCCUGUUGACGGUGCUGGCUGCGUCAUUGCUCUUGCCGCAGGUGCCUGGUACUCCGCUGCGCGCUACCACUUCAAGGCAUCGGAUACAGAGGAGGAAAAAAAUGUGAGCAUCUCAGAUUAA